AUGGCUCUACAAAGCAAUGUUCUAGAGAACGGUGAAUGGGUCACUCGUACUCUCAAUCCACGAGAACUCUUUCGCCAGACGAGCUCCUCGCAUCAAACCAAAACCAAACAGCAGGCCCCGACGCCGCCGAGCUAUGGGAUACUGACCAAAACAGUCUUCGACAGCCCUGUCUUUCACUGGGUCUUGCCAGUCCAGCUCAGAUCCUCCCGAAACAACGAUGUGGCUUUUAUAGGGGACAACUUCGUACAGAUACGUGAACUGAGACCCGAUGUUCAACUACAAGAUGUCGCGAGGAAGCAAGAUUUUGGAUCGCGCAUACGAAAUGCGUGCGUCAUUGGCUCCCCUUCGAAUUAUGUCGACGAUCAGAGAGAUGCGCAAAUAAAAGUUGAAGAUGGUGAUAUCGAGAUGGACAACGCAGAAACGCCAAACAUAAGACAGCUGCCCCCUCAACUUUUAGCCCUCGUUCUCGAAGGGGGGGACUUGGUGUUUCUCUAUAUCAAAGAGACCGCCCAUGGGCUGGAUUUCGUGUCGUUUAGUCGAGACAUACCAACCGAGCGACUUGUGUGCCCAGGUUUCCACAUGGCCGUGGAUCCAAGCUCGCGCUAUCUCGUUCUUGCAUGUGCUGAAGUCCAUUUUCAAAUCUUCGAGCUUGAGUCGAUGGAAACAUUGCGUGCCAGAUGCAACGAGGACAUGCCGCUCGAUCCUGUCCGAAGUGUUCAUUCGCGCGCCGUCAGGGGAGUCAUCCACAAGAUUGAAUUCCUGUCUCCGGGGCCUGAUAAUGAGGAAGUCAUCACCCUGAUGCUGAUCCUCGUCCAUAAACGCAAGUCCAGGAUCGCGACUUACGACUGGGAACUAGGAGAUGAUAUCGAAUCAGUCUUCCAGAUGGAAAAGUCUGGCUGGCGGGUAAGAGAGGAUUGUCAGAUGCCCCUUCUCGUCAUUCCGUCUACUGUUCGUUUUAGCUUCCUUGCCAUCAACGAAGACGGUCAAGCGUUCUGGGCAACACUGGCGAGCGGAGAGCCGAACAUAGAACUGGUUGAUAUCGGGUAUCAUGACGAAUCUGAUCUUCACAUGGGGAGUCAGGGUCCGUUAUGGACCGCCUGGAGCAGGCCUUCGCGUCUACCAGAGUACCAUUUCAACCAUGAUACGAUAUAUUUGGCUAGAGAAGAUGGAAUCCUCAACUAUCUAGAGAUCACGGCUGGAGAUGGGGUACAGACGAAUGUGAUUAUGAGCGAGGUCAAGUGCAAUAUCGACAAAGCUUUUGCUUGCCUUUAUGAUCAAUUCGGAGAUGUCCUAAUCACAGGAGGAGAUUCUGGUCCAGGUGCCCUUUGGCGAGCCUUGCCGCGACAGAUACCAAGGAAGAUUGCCACCAUUCCCAACUGGUCCCCAACUGUUGAUAUUACUUCGAAACGAAACGACACAAGGGUUUCCAGAUCCACGUCAGCAGACCUCCAACUGUCACCAGACCGCAUUUUUGCCUGUUCAGGGCGCGGAAAAGCAGGAUCCGUUGCAGAGUAUCGGUUCGGGCUCGAAGCUACUAUAGGUCCAGAGAUAGACUUUGAGGAUCCUGUGAAACAAUGCUGGGCAAUGAGAGGCGCGGACGACAACUUCGACCUGCUAGUCUCAUUUCCUAAUAGGUCUGCGGUAUUACACGUCAAGGCAGACUUCACCGAAGCUGUCUUCCAGGAUCAAGCACAGGUUCCUUAUGAUCUAGCCUCAUGCACCUUAGCGGUCGAAGAAUUUGAGGGCACAACCGUGCAAGUCACCUCUAGCUGCAUUACUAUCAUCACAACAUCUGACAGUACCCGGCAUUUUCCCCACGAAUUCGACGAUGGCUGUGCAGUCAUUAUGGACGCUACGAUUCGAGAUGGCACUGUUGCUUUGGUGCUACAUGGCAGCUCAGGAUUCCGUGUGAAGACAUUCUCUGUCGAUGGAAUCAACAUUAUAGAAAUGGGGAUAUGGGAAUCGGCACAUCCUGUAUUGGCCAUCUACCCAACAAAAGCUGCACCUCCAGAUGAACAGCCACAGCCUGCCCUACUGGAAAUAUCGAGAAUCUGCCCCAAUAGUGAUGUUGAGGCACUGACUAGUAUUGUUGUGUUUGAUGAGAAACCUUGCACAACUUCUCUCUGCUUUGGAACGAGAAGUGGUGAAGUACUUACAUUGUCGAUAGACCCUUCUAAGCCACUGGACUUCGAAGGCACUUAUGAUAAGUUUGGGCACUCCGCAGCAAGCGUGUCGCCCUUGAGUAUGGGGACAGAUGGAGCUUCAGUCCUUGUUUGCUGCCACUCGUGGGUGACAGUGAUGAGAAAAGGACCCUUGAGCAAAUCCGUUGGGUUUGAAACGAGAACGCGUGUCUGGGUCACUAAUACCGAGUCAUCAGUAGCCCCUUCACCAGCUCUUAACUCAGUAUCGCAGUUGCGCCUGAAGUCGUCUGAGGUGGGCGAAAACCCAUCUUUGGCCAUGCUGUCAGGAUCGAUGCUGUACAUUACGGAGCUGCAAAACAUCCCCAAACCCGUCCUGCGCCAUCUUCCGGUGGCGGGUACACCUGUCAAAGUCAUGUACUCACAAAUUCUCAACGUUCUCGUCGUCGCCAUUCUCGAAGAAGAGCGACCGUCACUGAAUUUCAUCGACCCUGAGACAGGCUUGGACGUUUCGCGCCCAACCGACGGUUCAGACCGUAUGUUGGAAUACAUUAACGGCCUCGGGAAGGAAGGAGGCCGCAUAUACUCUCUUACUGAGUGGAAAUACGCAAAGGGAGGUCGAACCUGGGCUUACAUCAUCGUGUCUGUUGGCGAACCGAAACGCCAGGGCGGCUCAAUACUACUGGUUUCGGCGGAGCGACACGACUCUAGGGUCUCAGAAGAUGGCCCAUAUCGAAUACGUUUCUUCACCAAGUUUAAGAGAGUCGGUUAUACGCACCCUGUAUACUCUGUUGCGAGUGACGAACAGGGCUUACUGUUGUGCUCUGGGCAAACCGUUUAUUACGAGAUACUUGACACUGAACAGAAGAAGCUCAGGAAGGUCAAAGAACACCAACUCCCUUCACCAGCCAGUCAUAUGGAGGUAGUCAAUGGAAAUCUCCACGUUGUGACUCUUAGUCAUUCACUAGAAAUUCUCGACUUCAAAAGCACCCCGGAGGACGACACCAUGAUAAGGCUACAUUCUGAUGAUCGAGCUAAAUCAACGGUGCACAGUAUUCAAGCUGUUGGCGGCUCAGGGAGAAGCAACAACCAGCCUGUCACCCUGUUGUCGGAUGCCGUAUGCGGAUUAUGGGGUAUAUGGGCUCCUUUACAGACCGACAGGCCCUUGAAAACCAUAUUUCAUGCAGAGCUUCAAGCAUCGGUCCGGAAAUUCAUCAAAGUCCGCACACGACCACCAUGGGACUUUUUCAGUCGACAUAUAAAAUAUGGACAUACAAAGAGUGGAGACGACAACUCUGACAUUCUGGGCCUAGGAGUUGACGGCUCCCUCCAGCACUUUACCAUCUUGAGCACCAAUGCCUGGCGGCUACUUCGAUUCAUCCAGAACCUUGCACUCAGGUCUCCAGCGAUCUGCCCUUCUACGGCCCACCAUUGUGGCCGACACGAGGACGAGAUGGACGUGGGAUGGGAUCCCGAACCACAGACCCUACCGGCUCUGAAUAUGCAAGUUGAUGGAGACAUACUGCAGAGGUGCUUGGACAAACAAGCGCUUGAGAAUCUACUGUCGGAUGCAAAUCAUCGUUCUCGUUUCAUGGAGCUCCUUCAAGCUUUUGAUGAGGGCAGGCGAGGAACUGCCAGCCCCGAGGCUCUCCCCGAGGCUGCGUUCGAUGUAGCUUACGAUAUGCUGAGGUACUACCUGGCACCAGCUCUGUAA